GGAUGCCCGCGGGGCUGGACCCGAGCGCUGGGCAGAGGCAGAUGCUGGGCUGGGGCUUGGCUGGCUCUCUCCACGUGGAAAGCAGUAGCAGCAGCAGCGCAGGAGGAAGAGCAAGAGGAGAAGGAGGAGGAGGCAGCAGGUAAAGCCUCCCGAUGCCCCGCGGAGCCAGAGGCGCUCCAUGGACGGGCUCCUGGCGCUCCUCCUCCGCUGCUGGACCCAGGCAUCGACGGUGGCUCUGGGCAGCCCCAGCCCCAUGCUCCCCAUCCUCUGCCUGGGAGGCCUGGGCAAGAGUUUGCAGUUGUGCUGCUUCUGUUGCGUGGCUUUGGUGGCAGCGCUCACCGGGGAUACGGCAACCCACAGCCUCGGUGCCUUCGGUCCUGAUUACAUCUUUGUCACCCCCGUCAAGGUGGACUCCAGUGGGUCAUACAUCUCGCACAAUGUUUUGCACAGCCCGAGGAAAAAGCGAGCGGCCCCAAGCUCAAAGAGUUCCUUGCACUACAGAUUUUCAGCAUUUGGACAGGAACUGCACUUGGAACUUCAACCUUCCGUCUUUUUCAGCCACAGUUUGACAGUCCAGGUGCUUGGAAAAGAUGGCAUCGUGGAUUCUCAGGAAAAUGAAGUUGAACAGUGUUUCUAUCAGGGAUUUAUAAGGAACUAUAGCUCUUCUUCAGUUGCCAUAUCUACAUGCGUCGGCUUGUCAGGUUUGAUAAGGACAAAAGAGAACGACUUCCUUAUAUCUCCAUUACCUCAACACCUAGCGCAGGAACACAACUACACGCCGCCCGCCGGACACCAUCCGCAUGUGUUGUACAAACGGACCGCAGAAGACAAAGUGCACCGGUACAAAAUAGAUUCAGAUCCCCAUCACUUUCCCCCUGGCUAUCACAGAAAUCACACUGCCCACAAGUCCCAUGUUCAAGCAAAUGAUUACCACCACGGAAGGUUUCAAAAGCAACAUUUUUGUGGACGUCGCAAGAAAUACGCACCUAAGCCACCCACAGAAGACACAUUUGUUCUUUCCGAUGAAUAUGGAAGUUCGGCACGGUUGAAAAGAUCCCUCAUUAAACAUCAGAAAGGUGGAGCUUUGAAUGUUGAAACUCUGGUUGUGGCUGACAGGAAAAUGCUGGAGAAACACAGCAAGGAGAAUGUUACCACCUACAUCUUAACGGUGAUGAACAUGGUAUCAAGUCUUUUCAAGGAUGGUACAAUUGGAAGUGACAUCAAUAUUGUGGUUGUGAGCCUUCUUCUUUUGGAGCAGGAACCUGGCGGACUGGUGAUCAACCAUCAUGCAGACCAGUCAUUAAACAGCUUUUGUCAGUGGCAAUCAGCUCUGGUUGGAAAGAAUGGGAAACAUCACGAUCAUGCCAUCUUGCUUACUGGAUUUGAUAUAUGCUCCUGGAAGAAUGAACCCUGUGACACUUUAGGUUUUGCUCCCAUCAGUGGAAUGUGCAGCAAAUACCGCAGUUGUACCAUCAAUGAAGACACCGGUCUUGGUUUGGCGUUUACUAUUGCUCAUGAAUCUGGACACAACUUUGGUAUGAUUCAUGAUGGCGAAGGAAACCCCUGCAGAAAAGCUGAAGGUAACAUUAUGUCUCCCACUCUCACUGGAAACAAUGGCGUUUUUUCAUGGUCAAUAUGCAGCCGGCAGUAUCUUAACAAAUUUCUCAGUACAGCUCAAGCAGCUUGCCUGAUAGAUGAACCGAAGCAAGCAGGACAAUACAAGUACCCCGAUAAACUCCCAGGGCAGAUUUAUGAUGCCGAUACACAAUGCAAAUGGCAGUUUGGAGCAAAAGCAAAACUAUGCAACCUGAGUUUUGUGAAGGAUAUAUGUAAGUCAUUAUGGUGCCAUAAAGUAGGCCAUCGAUGUGAGACAAAGUUUAUGCCAGCUGCGGAAGGAACCUCCUGCGGGAUAAGCAUGUGGUGUCGAAGGGGCCAAUGUGUCCGGUAUGGAGACCAUGGGCCUAAACCUGUUAAUGGCCAGUGGUCUGCUUGGUCUGACUGGUCCGAUUGCUCAAGGACCUGCGGAGGUGGAGUUACAUACCAAGAGAGGCACUGCAACAGUCCAAAGCCUCAGCAUGGGGGCAAAUUCUGUCAGGGGUCAAGUCGUGUUUAUCAGCUUUGCAACACGCAGCUCUGUCCGUUCGGUAGCCCUGACUUCCGCGCCCAGCAAUGUGCCGAGUAUAACAGCAAACCUUUCCGUGGAUGGUACUACAAAUGGAAACCUUACACAAAAGUAGAAGAGGAAGACUUCUGCAAACUCUACUGCACAGCUGAGGAUUUUGACUUUUUCUUUGCAAUGUCUAAUCGAGUGAAAGAUGGAACCCCCUGCUCUCAGUACAGCCGUGAUGUGUGCAUCGAUGGCAUCUGUGAGAAAGUAGGAUGUGACUAUCAGCUUGGAUCCAAAGCUGCUGUGGAUGCUUGUGGAGUUUGCAAAGGAGAUAAUUCUACGUGUACCUUCUUUUCAGGCCAUUAUCUGACGCAACAUAAAACUAAUGAUUAUUACCCCAUUGUUACAAUUCCAGCAGGAGCACGUAGCAUUGAAAUCCAGGAAUUGCAAAUGUCUAGCAGCUACCUUGCAGUUUGCAACUUGAAUAAAAAAUAUUACCUAACCAAGGACUGGACAAUUGACUGGCCUGGAAAAUUCUACUUUGCUGGGACAAUAUUUGAAUAUCAGCGCUCUUUUAACCACCCAGAGAGACUUACUGCAGCUGGGCCAACGAAUGAGACCCUCGUCUUUGAGAUCCUGUUACAAGGGAAAAACCCUGGAAUUGCUUGGCAGUACACCUUCUUGAAGAUGAUCAACGAGAAUAAGAUAUUCACAAAAAGACACAGCUACAUGUGGGUGACAGUGCAGUCCGAGUGUUCAGUCACAUGCGGCGGGGGACACUUGAUAUCAAAAGCUGUAUGUUUACAGGACCAUCGGACCCGUGUCAAUUCCUCCUUCUGUGGCCCAAGGACAAAGCCUUUAACAGAGACAAAGAUAUGCAAUGGAAAUCCUUGCCCAGCCUAUUGGUUGGCAGGUCAGUGGAGUGAUUGCAGCAAGUCCUGUGGUGGCGGACAGCAAAGUCGGCAGAUCCAGUGUGUCCAGAAAAGGGCUUUUCAGAAGGAGGACACUGUGCCUCAUGCUCUCUGCCCAGUAACAACUCCAGCACAAAUACAAGCAUGUAAUAACCAAGACUGCCCACCAGAAUGGAGCACUGGACCAUGGGGUCAGUGUUCCAAAACAUGCGGAAGAGGUGUUACGAAGCGAGAGGUUUUCUGCAAGGGUGCAGGACCCUCCACACUGAAAACCCUGCCAGAGAAUAUGUGCAACAGCGAAACAAAGCCAGAAACACAACAGACGUGCGUGUUGGGACGGUGUCCCAAAAAUGAUCAGCUCCAGUGGGUGAUUUCUUCAUGGAGUGAGUGUUCUGUCACCUGUGGCCCAGGGGUGAGGAGGCGAGAGAUGCAGUGCAGUGAGAAAAGUAUCAAUGGCAAAUUGAUCACUUUCCCACAGCGACGUUGCCGAAAUCUUAAGAAGCCCUAUGUUGAACUAGAAGAGGUGUGCAACCGAGGAGCAUGUCCUCUGCACCAUUUGUACAGUAGAGUGUCCGGAUGGUAUUCUUCACCUUGGCAACAGUGUACAGUGACCUGUGGUGGAGGAGUGCAAACACGGACUGUGCAGUGUCUUCGCCAUGGUCAGACGGCUACAGGAUGCCCUCCUCAUCAAAAGCCCACAAUGUCCAGAGCCUGCAAUACUAACUUCUGCCUAGUUCCUGAAAAGAAAGAUGAUCCCUCUUGUGUGGACUUCUUCACUUGGUGCCACCUGGUCCCCCAACAUGGUGUCUGUAAUCACAAAUUUUAUGGCAAGCAAUGCUGUAAAUCGUGCACAUGGAAGAACUGA